CACACCCUUUUGAAAGUGCAACUGCUCAAAGAAGCUUCUUUCUCUCUCUCUACAUCUUGAGUGUGAGACCACUCAAGAUUGUGGAACAAAACCACAAGAAAGAUGAAUUGUAGAAAGAAAAACAACUUGACAAAAACAAGAAGCACACAAUGAGAGCUCAUCCCAUUAGCAACUUUUUAACACUACUAUUACUAAUUGUCAUUACAUCUUUUACAACAACCCAAGAAACCCAAAUUCAAGAUCUCAUUGAUAACAAUCCAAAAACAAGAAGAAUUCUUCAUCAACCACUCUUUCCAGAAACAUCAUUAACCCCACCACCGCCACCAGAAGUAGUUUCUGAACCUAUUUUCCCUAGUCCAGACCAUCCAUUUUUCCCAGAAGUACCAACUGUUGCAACCCCAGAUCAACCACAACAAGUUUCACCAAUUCAGCCCAAUGGGACACCAGUUUCAAGAACCAACCCAAUUUCUGCCACUGCUCAACCAACAAAUCCAACCAAGAAACUGGCUAUUUUUGUAUCUGUUGGUAUUGUCACACUUGGAAUGUUAUCUGCUUUGGGAUUCUACAUCUACAAACACAGAGCUAAACAUCCUGAUGAAACUCAAAAGCUUGUUGGCAAUCACAACAACAGUUUUCAUAGAACCAAUGAAGAAGAAUCAAGAAUGCCACCUUCCAAUUCCAAUUUUCUUUACAUUGGUACAGUUGAACCAUCAUCAGGACCUCAAACUCAGAACCACCAGUCCAAUAAUAAUGUUGUUAGUAAUUCUUCACCUUAUAGGAAAUUAAGUCCUGUUAAGAAAUCAGAGAGAUAUAGACCAAGUCCUGAACUUCAACCACUUCCACCAUUAAGAAAUAAUCCCAGAAUAGAUCAAAGAAUGUCAUCAUCUGAUGAGGAAAAUCAUCAUGAAACCAAAUUUUACAAGCCAUAUAAUACUAAUAGUAGUAGUAGUAGAAGCAUAGUGACCAAAUCUACAGUAGAAAAUCAUUUGAAUAAUAAUAGUAGUACAAUCCCUCAUUCAAAGAGAACGUCUCCAAGAUUGUCCCUUUGUUCAUCCCCUGAAAUAAAACGCGCUAUAGUACCAUCAGUUAAGCAAACUUCAUCACCAUCUCCUCCACAAGAGCCUCCAUCAUUGAUGCACAAGAAGCCAACACUAAGUUAUGUGCCACAAAAGGUGAAAUUCUCAGCACCACCUCCUCCACCAGAUAUGUCAAGGCUUAAAUCACCAGACAUGUCAAUGCUUAAAUCAAUAAGCAACCAAUCCCAGCAAACAUCAAAAGCACCAGCUCCGCCUCCUCCUCCACCACCUCCACCUCCGCCUCCACUAUUAGCCUCCCGAAAACUUGGAGGGAGCAGAGGCGCCUCAAGGGCAACCAAUUCUAUUGAGCCGGCCGUGCUUGAACGAUCACAAAGAAGUUCUCCUUCAUUAUCUUUCCCUGCAAAAUCUCAAUCAAGUAGUCCCAUGCCAAAAUCAUCACCUUGGAGUGAGAAGAGAAGUCCUCUGGAAGAACAAAGCAGAGGAGCCAUACAUGAUUCCGACACUACGGAUGAAUCAAAGCCCAAGUUGAAGCCAUUACACUGGGACAAAGUACGAGCAACAUCCGAAAGAGCCACAGUGUGGGACCAGUUAGAACCGAGCUCUUUCCGAUUAAAUGAAGACAUGAUGGAGUCACUCUUUGGAUGUAAUUCUGUAAAUUCAGUCCCAAAGGAAGCUGCUAAAAAACCAGUCCGUCCUCCGGUUGAGAAGGAGAACAGAGUUCUUGACCCGAAAAAAUCACAGAACAUUGCCAUAAUGUUGAGAGCAUUGAAUGUAACAAAGGAUGAAGUCUCUGAAGCCCUUUUAGAUGGAAAUGCGGAAGGAUUGGGAUCUGAACUUCUGGAGAGUUUGGUCAAGAUGGCUCCAACAAAAGAAGAAGAGAUAAAACUAAGAAAUUACAACGGGGACACUUCAAAAUUAGGCUCUGCAGAACGAUUCCUCAAGGCUAUUCUUGAUAUACCAUUUGCCUUCAAAAGAGUAGAAGCCAUGCUAUAUAGAGCCAAUUUUGACGCUGAAAUAAAAGAUUUGAGAAAGUCUUUCCAGACCCUUGAGGAAGCAAGUAAAGAACUGAAGAACAGCAGACUAUUUUUCAAACUCCUCGAAGCUGUUCUCAGAGCUGGAAACCGCAUGAAUGUUGGCACUAAUCGCGGUGAUGCUAGAUCUUUCAAACUCGAAACUCUUUUGAAAUUAAUAGAUGUAAAGGGAACGGAUGGAAAGACAACAUUGCUCCACUUUGUGGUCCAGGAGAUUAUCAGGUCAGAAGGGCUGGGUCCGGAUACCAGGGACGAUAAUAACCUUCCUAAUAUAUCAAACAUCAAAUUCAAAGAGGAAGAAUUCAAGAAGCAAGGAUUGCAGGUAGUUGCUGGAUUAAGCAGAGAACUCAGCAAUGUCAAAAAAGCAGCAGGAAUGGAUUCGGAUGUCCUAAGUGGCUACGUAUCGAAGCUUGAGGCUGGACUUGUUAAAGUUCGAUCCAUUUUGCAGUAUGAAAAGGAAGGUACUGAAGGGAACUUUUUCGAGUCGAUGAAAGUAUUUCUCAAGGAGGCGGAAGAUGGUAUAGUGAGGAUCAAGGCGGAGGAAAGAAAAGCUUUGUCUAUGGUCAAAGAGGUGACGGAAUAUUUCCAUGGUGAUGCUGCAAAAGAGGAAGCUCAUCCUCUUAGAAUAUUUAUGAUUGUGAGAGACUUCCUCUGCAUAUUGGAUGGCGUGUGCAAAGAUGUCGGGAUGAUGCAGGAUAGAACAAUGGUUGGUGCUGCCAGGUCAUUCAGAAUAGCUACAACUGCAUCAUUGCCGGUCUUAAACAGAUACAACAACGCGAGACAAGAUAGGAGUUGGGACGACGAUAGCUCAUCACCUUGACAUUUAUAUGCAAAAUUACAAUAUAUGUUGCUCGGAUCAUCCAAAAAUGUGAUCUUGCCCCUGUCCAAAAGUUACGCAUUUUUGGACACGGGUGUGUCAGCAACUUUAGAGGAUCCGAGCAACACGGGCUACAAUUGCUGCGAUGUAGCAGGACGACAAGUGGCAUCUCGAGUUACGCAAUCUCACUUCAUUAAGGAGAAUGAGCAUUUGGUGCUUGUAAAUUAAGACAGAUGUGGAUUGGGUCAAGAGUCAUUUCAUCUAGCACGUAGCAUGCACAUAAGAAUAAGAGGCUGCAGCAUUCUGGGAUACUGUCAAGAGCAAGGAUAGCUAAAUUAUAGAUCACAGUUCAACACAAAUUGAUCAAUUUUAAGGUAAAGGGAUUAUUCCUUUAUUUCUGUGUAGACCUUUAUUCAUUUGUAUACAUAUAGUCAAGAGACAUAAAAGUUCAGAUUUUGAUGUUAUCAUUUGGGCAGCAUAAUGAAAUUCAUUCUCUUCUCUUUUUUG